AUGGCUCUUAACGACACGGAGGUUCAAAGACAGAUUCGCCAUAUGAUGGCAUUCAUAGAUCAAGAAGCCCGUGAAAAGGUCGAGGAAAUUGAUGCGAAGGCUGAGGAGGAGUUUCAAAUAGAAAAAUCAAGACUGGUUCAAAAUCAACGUCUGAAGAUCAUGGAAUAUUAUUCGAGGAAAGAAAAGCAAAUUGAAUUGACAAAGAAAAUACAAGAUUCGAAUUUGAAAAACUUAUCUCGUCUAAAGGUUUUACAAAGCAGAGAAAAUCACAUCCAGAUGUUAUUGGACGAAGCCAAACAACGUCUUGCGGAACUAUCGAAAAAUAGACAACGCUAUGAGUCUUGCCUAAAGGGACUUAUCACACAGGUAAUUACACAUUGA